UUCGGUGUCUCAAACAAACUUCCGUCGUGUCGGAUGCGUGUUUUUUGGGGGGUGAGGGUGCCGUGUCACCAAUCCGGAUUGAAUAUAGAUAAUAGCAAAGCGUCGCCGACAGUGUCUCGUGUGUCUCGUCGCCAAACCCCGUUUUCUUGAGCAUCAUCACCGCAGCGAUUGUGUUGCAAGUGUUUCUGGUGUUCGUGUCGAACUACGAGUCGCGCGUGUGUGGCCGGAAGUGUACACCAAGCAGACCAGACUCCUUCGCCAGCUCUUCCGCGUAUCCUCGUGGUUCGCCUGCUGCGUGCUGAGUGUGUGUGCGUCGCUCUCAACUGGAAUCGCGUUUUUGUCGUCGCUGCAAAAACACAUGAAGAAGUGAUUGUAAGAAGCAUUCAGUGACCGAAUAGAGUGUCAAAAACCUCGAAAAAAGUGGUGUUUGUUCAUCUUGUGGCCCUCAGCAAUCCACUAGGUGGUGGCGCUCAUCAUCGACAUCAGCAAAUGGUGAAAUGAUCGGCCAAUUCGAAUCGAAUGUAAACAGCUUCGUAUCAUGUGUGCCUAGCAAGUGGAACAAGUUCAAUUGAUUCCAACGUGAGGGAUGAAUGAGUGAGUGAGUGUGUAUCGAGAGUCAGAAGCUCUGCUUUCAGGUGCCGAGCAUGGCUUCACGACGUAACACGUGCGGUGUGUGAGGCGUGCAAACUCUGUGCGGUGUCUGGGCGUGCCGGUGAAGCCCCACCUAGUCCAGCGAUCGUCCCAGGAGGGAGCACCGGAUGGAUCAGACGGCGUCGACGGAAACACGGUCCAUCCCUUGCUAGGUUGGACUGUCCCUGGGCUCGAUGCAAGUGCACCAGUGAAGUGUGUGUCUGCGCGUGUGUUUAGUUGUUUGUUUGUUUGUGAUUAUCCGAGAAGAAGAAGGUGAAAAAGAGGGAAAAGGGAGAAGCGAGCGGUGUAGUGUAAGCGAGCCGACCACUAGCAGUGCCACCACCGCCGCAGCCAGGAUGGGAUGCGGACAGAGCAAGAUUCACCUUUAUCCGAGGAAAAACAAGAGCAAAUCGAACGGCAAAAAGAGCGGCCAUAUAGAGGACGCCGAAGCGGACGAAGAGGAUGGACAGAACGGCCGGGGAGGUGACGAUCGGGGCGAUCGGGGUGACGUGAACGGUGAGAAGGAGAAACUCGACGAGGAGCAUUCGCUGCGGGACGAUAGCUCACCGGAACCACCGAAUGGCGAGAUCGUGUCAAUACUCCGCAAGAACGGUUCCCUGCUCCAAAGCCAGGAAAUAUCCUCCAGCCAGCAGAACUUCUUCCGAAUGUUGGAUCAGAAAAUUGAAGAGGGUCCAGAUUACGAUUCGAGCAGUGAGACGGAGCAAGCGCUGGAAGAAGCCCGGCUGAACGCACUGGUACAGCACUGGGAAUCGGCCAGCUUGACCACUUCGAUGUGUUCUUCCACCAGCCGGUCCUUGCAGGGCACACCGGUCCGGCAGGUACCACUCAGCGUUCGCCCCUACAGACAGCCUCCGCUGAGGCCACCGUUCCAGCAACCGCUCAGUGCCGAGCUGUUGUCACAGCAGCAGCUGCUGCUCAAACAACAGCAUCAUCACCUUCAACAGCAGGCGCAGCAACAGCAACAGCAGCAUCUGCAGCAACAGCAACAACUAAUCCAGCAGCAGCAGCAGCAACAGCAACAACAGCAAUCGAUCAUACACCAAAGCCUCGGUCUCGCGAUGGGUAUGGGUAGCCCGAAACGAUUGAUUGGCAGCGGGAAUGCGGUUAGCGUUGGUGGCGUCGUCGUCGAUCCCAGCAAUCAGCGCCAGCUACUGUCACAAUCGAUCAUCCAUCAGAACUACGGUGUGAUACAGACGUCCCAGGCGGCACCACAGCUACGCCCCAGCUCUGGCCGCACCCUUCCCUCACCGGUUCAGUGUCUCCAGAUGUCCUACUACCAGCAGCAGCAACUGCAACAGCAACAACAGCAACAGCAGCAGCAGCAGCAGCAACAACAACAACAAGCCCAAACCCUUAGUCAGCAAUUCCAGCAACAGCAGCAACAACAGCAAUCGAUACCUCCACAGUCCUACUACAAUGACAUUCUGCGCCAUCCAAUGCAGCAACAACAGCAGCAAUCACAGCAACAGCAGCAACAAUUGCACGCGCAACUGCAAUCCUCUCAGCUACCAUCGGUCGGCAUCUCGAACGUCUCGUCCUCGGUGGCUGCCUCGCUUGCCUCUGCCUCGGUGGCCGUCGCAUCGGCCGGUGGUAGUACGGGUGCUGGUGGUAGCGGUAGCGGCAGCGGUACGAGUAGCACCGGAACAACCGGAUCAACCGGAGUAACAAGCGUCGCUGCCAACGCUACACUAUCCAGUGGCCCUUCGCUCUCACUGUCCGGUGAACCCCGCUUCCCGCCUGCCAUUGCCGUGCAGCGGUUGGCGCCACAGGUCCAGCGGCAGCUGCGCGAAACCCAGGAACUCAUCAAGGAUUCGUGCGCCCAACUCUACGGUUCGGCGUACGGUAGCCCCGGACCUCCGGUUUCCCUACCAACGGUAGCCGGUGCGGGUACAGCGGGUCCUCCGAGUGGGCCACUCCGGGCCGUUCCAGGUCCGGUGCUGGCUCGCUCCACCGUUCGGCGCCCAACACUCGAGACUCAGUAUUCGCAGGAACUUUCGUGAUAUCUAGACAAGUAGUGAACAUUCACACGUGCACCACACAUACACCCAUACACCACCACCAUCACCACAGCAACAACCAUUGGUUGGAUCAGAAAUGUUUGUGGUCUGCUGCGUCGCUUUCUGCUACUUUCGCGCCUCCUCGAAUAUCCUGUUAUCUAGUUCUCUAGGUGCCCUUUUUUUAUUUUAAGAUUGCUAGAACAAAUCGAUCCACGACGACGACCGCUACUGGUCUCGACGACUGGCAAGAAAACGUAACAAUCCCAACGACAACUACCCUCCCGCUCCCCCCCCCGAAAAAAAAACUAAGCAAAAAGGUUCACUAAAAUAUCAGCGUGAAGCACAAUCGAGCUCCUCAAGCCCAAAGCGGUGCUGCAAAAUGCCGCCGAAUCGCAGAAUGUAUCCCCAUGUGCAUGCGGUGGUUUUGCGGGUAUCCUUUUUUGGAAAUUCCGUGACCGCUAGCUGCCCCAAUAGUACGACCGGAUGAACAUAUCAACGCAUCAGUCCAUCAGAGACGGUUCUUAUACGGGAAUCGCAUUAAAACACAACCACCAACAAAAAAAAACUCCACCCAACCAAAGGCACAAUCACACACAGGUGUGAAUGCAUCCAGCAUAGAAAUGCACACGCGUGCAUCCUUUUGCAGCUUCAAGUAUUCGUUCUUUCACACGCCUGCCUGUACAAAAACACGCUCGUCGACGAUGAAUCGAAAACCUGUCGUCAAAAACCCUGGGAAAUGGGAGUGAUGCGAAGAAAGGAAAUCACUCGCGUGGAUAGCCAAAGGCUAGUAAAUAAAGAACCGUGGAAAUUCUUCGGUGUGGGGGUGGAGGACAUUUUGGAAAGAACUACUGAGACUGUAUCGGGGAGCCAAGCACGCAUGGGAACCGAAAACAGUCCCGUAGGCUAGAGAGUCGCUUGAUUUACAUAGAUUAUUUUUCCGAUUUUUUAAUGUAACGCAGCAUAGCGUUUUUGGUAAGCGACUGGCAUGGGCUUCAAAGGUGUAGCCAGCACCGGAAGUUCGUGUCUUGAUAGACACAGAGAAAAAAGCGAAUGAACCUAGGCCAAAUAUAGUGAUGAAUUGCAGGUGAAAUUGUAGAAUAGAUGACACUAAGCCCAACGCGUGUACGGGCCGCGAGCAUGAAGGAACUCUUGGUAAAGAAGACAUCGCGGGAAUACGCCGAACAGCGUGGACAUGAUAUUCUAAUGCAACACAAACCACACAAUGUAUAGAGACGACGGAAACGGUUCAGAAGAAACCAUGGACACUUCGUCACACUCCGGAUGUAGCGCUUAAUCCGUCUGAUGUUGACUGUACACUGGAGUCAGCAAGCAAGCCAGUAAAAAGAUCGCGAUCUUGGAACACAAGAAACCAAGCAGGAGAAAUGGUUCGAAUUUUCAUUGAAUUGUGUCCUUACGUGUCUGUGUAUUUUCCGUUUUCCCGUUAAAACAAAUUCAUCCAUUCUGUUGGAGCAUCCUUACCGGAAGGAACGAAGGAAAUUGUCCCAAAGAUCGUCAGUGAGCUGUAUAUAGUUUAAGUCGGAUCGUACUUGGAUUAUUUUAGUAGGAACGUGGUGGUGUUGUGCAAAUGGCGAAUAAAGAAAAGCUCUAUUAUAUUACACAAAGCAAUUAGGGGAAUGAACCAAAGGGGCGGAACUAUACAAAUUGGGGGCGCUCUAACAGCAGCAACACAUUAAAGGUCUAGUCACACUAAACGUAAGUGUAACUCCCAUCCCAUCACACACAACCGUACACCACAACCACAGAAAAGCGCGGCAAAAGAUUUCACAGUUCGGAGACGAGGGAGCACAGUUUUAGCAUAAUUUCAAGCAAUGGCGUGGCUGCGGUGCCUGUUCGAUCCGAUCAAGUAAGCGGGGAAGCAACAGGAUUAAUGUAACCACCUGAAUACACACCCACCACAACGUACACACAGAUACACGCCCAACACACAAAGGAGGCGGUCGUCGAGAGUUGCCAAAAGAUGAUACGAUAGAACAAAGAAGGGCGUGAUUGAUAACAUGAUGAUGAUGAUGAUGAUGUUGGUAGCCAGUUAGUUAAACGUACGUAGUGUGCUGCAACGUGUUGCAGUCGAUAAAAAAGGGUGAAACAAAAUGUAGAACAAACAAACAAAAAACAAAGAAAGAUUAAAAAGUAAAAUUUCCAAACAUAAAACAACCCGUUCCCACGAUCAUCAUCACGAUCUCUUUACCUAACGAUUGCACGUUUCCAAAGGUCUCCCAACAACAACAAAAAAAAAGAAAACCACACACUCACACACAGAACCCGUGUCACGAUGUUUAAGAGUAAGAAAACGGAAAAUUCCAAUCGUGUAAGCAAAUGUGAAACAAAAAACGGUGCAGCCCGGGGCGAAUGGGGGGAAUUUAAGAGAAACGCUGAUUAGGUAUGUUUCUUCCCUGCUGCCCCGAGGGAUGCUGGCAAGCUGACAAAAAAAAAAUGCUAGUGAUUAUAGAAAUGUUUAGUGUUGCUAGGGUAAAAACGGAACAAAACAAAAACUUAACAAACCACGGAGGGAAGAGGGAGAGCAAAAACCAGACAUCACACAUCGCAGGAAGAUGCAGAAACAGAUUGUGGGUUUGCCGUCGAUCCCAGUAGUCCUACUAUUUACUACCGAGCCAACUUGGCUACUUGCUGUAGCGAGCCGUCGUAGUAGGCCGUGGCUACGGGACGGGAUGAUAUUGUUCCCCUCUUCUUAACUGGUGUUCUAGGUGGUCGUAGGCUGCUGGGGGGUGCGGGUUGCGCAAAGGCUCGCACCCUCGCAGCCGUGGGGUUCGUCGUUUCGUCGUGGUUUCUGUUUUCCUGUUUUUGUUUUUGUAUUUAACAUAUAUUUCUUUAAGAAAAAGAAAAAGCAAAAUCCGACUAUGUACAAAAAGAAA